CCUCACUUAGUCAGUCAGUCAGAGGAACAUCAGCACAGACAGCUGCUCCGACAUCCAGCUGUCCGGACGCUGAUUCAUUUCACCACACACCAGCUCUGGGUGCAAACUCAGAAGGGGUGUUUGGGAAAUUGAAAGGCGUCCUACCUGGGCCAACAAGGACUCCAUCAUCAGAGAGCUCCAAGAAUGGGAAAAUCAGAGAGCCAAAUGGAUAUCAUGGAGAAAAGCACUAAACCGAGGAAGCAUCGCUGGACUGUAGUGGAGAUCGGACUGUCUGUCACUGUGCUCCUGCUGAGCUGCGCUCUGGCUGGACUCAUAGUGCUCUACACUUCAGCUCUGAGAGAGCGUUUUAACAUAAAUGAAUCUUCAAAAGGGCUGAAAUAUCGAUCAAACGCUGACAGCAAUGUCUGUACAACCCCACAGUGUGUCACUGCCGCGGCCCGACUGCUCCAGAACAUGGACCCCAGCGUAGAGCCGUGCCAGAAUUUCUAUCAGUACGCCUGCGGAGGCUGGAUAGAGCGUCACGUCAUUCCCGAAACCAGCUCACUUCACAGCGUAUUCAAUAUCCUGAGAGACGAGCUGGAGAUCGUACUCAAGGGAGUUCUGGAGAUGGAAAAUAAGGAUGACAGAGAGGCCUUCAAGAAAGCCAAAACGCUCUAUAGCUCAUGCAUGAAUGAGAUUCUGAUCGAGCAGCGCGACUCGCAGCCUCUCCUCGGGCUCAUUGACAGUAUCGGCGACUGGCCCGUGGCCUCUGAGGUCUGGAACAGCACAUCAGAGCGAAUGUGGAGCCUGGAGGAUACCCUGGCUGUUCUGAACGCUCGGUACAAUAAGAAGGCUGUGCUUGAGAUGUUUGUGUGGCCAGAUGAUCGCGACUCCAGCAGCUACAUUAUUCAUGUUGACCAGCCAUUACUAGGAAUGCCUUCAAGAGAUUAUUACCUCAGUGAUGGCAAUUAUAAGAAGGUGCGCGAGGCCUACCUUGAGUUCAUGGUCUCCAUUGCAAGGAUUGCACGAGAAGACAGGAACCUGACCCAAGAUGAAGAGCGUGUGUGGGAGGACAUGACUCAAGUGUUAGCACUGGAGACAGACAUUGCGAACUACACCACACCAGAAGAACGAAAUCAAAUAAACUCACCCUACUAAAAAAUCAAAAUUAAAAUAAGAGAAGCGCAGCAAGCUUUCAACCUCAAUGGCUUUAAUUGGACGCGCUACAUCCAGGGUAUCAUGUCCAGCGUGUCAGUCACGGUGCAGCCAGAUGAACCCAUAGUUGUGUACUGCUCACCUUACCUGGAGAAGCUCAGUGAUGUUCUUUCCAAACACAGUCACAGGACCCUGCAGAACUAUCUGGCGUGGAUGCUCAUCAUGGAGAGGGUCAGCAGUAUGAGCCGGCGCUUCAAAGACGUGAGAGCGCACUACAGAAAGGCUUUGCAUGGCACUACGGUAGAGGAGGCGAGGUGGAGAGACUGUGUCCGUUAUGUGCAGGGAAACAUGGAGAACGCUGUCGGGGCCCUGUAUGUCCGAGAAACCUUCUCUGGAAACAGCAAACGCAUGGUGCGUGAACUGAUCAGAAAGAUUCAGGAAGCUUAUGUGGAAACACUGGAAGAACUGAGCUGGAUGGAUGAACAGUCUAAGGAGAAGGCCAGAGAGAAGGCCAUGGCAAUAUCGGAACAGAUCGGUUAUCCCGACCACAUCCUUGAGGAGGAAAAUAAGAAACUGGACGAGGAAUACACACAUCUGAAUUUCAGUGAGGAGAACUACUUUGAGAACAUUCUGGAAAACCUGGCAGCUUCAGCCCAGAAAGUUCAUAAGAAGCUGAGGGAGCCCGUGGAUCCUGACAUGUGGAUUAUUGGUGCGGCUGUAGUCAACGCUUUCUAUUCACACAACAGAAACCAGAUUGUGUUUCCUGCUGGCAUCCUCCAGCCUCCGUUCUUCAGUGAAAAACAGCUGCAAGCUCUAAACUUCGGUGGAAUUGGCAUGGUUAUAGGACAUGAAAUCACUCAUGGAUUUGAUGAUCACGGCCGUAAUUUUGACAAGGAUGGGAACAUGUACAACUGGUGGAGCAACUACUCUGCCGAGCGCUUUGAGGAUCAGUCUAAAUGCAUGGUGGAACAGUACGGCAAAUUCAGCUGGAAACUCGCAGGAGGCCAAAAUGUCAGUGGCAUCACAACAUUAGGAGAGAAUAUUGCUGACAAUGGUGGAGUUCGUCAAGCAUAUAAGGCGUAUAUGAAGUGGGUGGAGAGGGAGGGCGAGGAGCCCCGUCUUCCUGGACUGGAUAUGGAUCACAAACAGCUCUUCUUUCUAAACUUCGCCCAGGUCUGGUGUGGUGCCUGCCGCCCAGAGUACGCCAUUCAGUCCAUCAAAACAGACCCACACAGCCCUCUGGAAUACAGGGUUCUGGGGUCCCUCCAGAACUUUGAGGCGUUUUCUGAAGCAUUUCAUUGUGCACGAGGAGCUCCUAUGAAUCCCGAAGAGAAAUGUCGAGUGUGGUAACCUGCCGCCGGAGAUACAGGAGUCUGUGUAUAUUUUACAAACUAGGCAACGGUUAGGAGAGCUUGGAUCAUAUUAUGUUGUUCUGUGGCGGCUGCCUGGCUGUUAGUCUGAUAUGACAGACAUGACCAAGGUGUGCGACACCUACAUGUGUGACUGCAUAGAUGUCUACUGUGAACUUUCAAAUGCGCACAUAUUACCAACGAGUGCAGGCGUCAGUGAGGGUGUUGUUUUUCUGAAAAAGAGGCAUGCUUUUUCAAUGUCUUUUUAAGAGACUUUUAAGCAAGAUUUCGUCCCGUUUGCCUGUUUACAGGUUUCUUGUGACACAUUACUAAUUUUGGCAUCGGAAAACCUGUGUAAACGAAAGAGUUUCAUUAUAACGACAAGGCUUAUUGACAUCAGAUUAUUUUUCCAGAUUAUGUAAACGGAUAAAUCCCUCGGUUGGCUUUCGAUUCUGUCGGCUCUCCAAGAAGAUAUCCGUUGCGCUUGAGCGGUCCCAAAAUUAGUCAAAAACUGAAGGCUUGGAAGGCGAUAGAGAUUGUGGUUUGAAUAGAAACCAGUCAAGGCAUAAUGUUUGAUUUCAUAAUAAGCAGCCUUGAAAUAUUUUGAAAAUGGUAUAGGAAAUAUUUUUUUCUUUUCUAAAGCAUGCAGCGGAGAGAGGCAAAAGCUGGAGUCCUAUUGAGCACCGCUCUCCCCCCAAAAAAUCCUAAUGUAUGUGCUCUCUACACUGUUUUACUGAAGAAUCUUUAAAAGCGAGGGCUUAGUGUUAUGUAAACGGGCCCAUUUUGACAAUUACCUGACAACCUUAAGACUGUUAAAACCAUAUCGCUUCAAGCUUCGUGUGUAUUUGUCCAUAAAUAGCUCUGAUUCAUGGCUGCCUUGCAAUUACUCAACAGACUUCUGUUAAAGCCAGCAGAUAAUGGCAGGAAGCUGCUGCAAUACGGGAAUGAAAAAGGUACAACGGGUCACUCAGACUAUUUAUUUGUUUCAUACAAGCUGUUCGUUCUGCCAGGGAACAUUUCCGUACAUUGCUAUUGUUAGGACAAUGUUUUAGCAUGUUUAGGGGCAAGAAUCAGAUCCUGAGAAAUGUACUGUAGUAAAACCGAAGGGUCUCCAUCUGUUCAGUCCUCAAGUUCAGUUUUGUUUUUAUUUGGGAUUCUUAAAAGCAUCAUUGCAGCAUUAAGAAUAUAAGAAUUUUUAUCAGAUCAAGACCAUUUUCUGCAGCAACAGAUUUUGUAACAAAUAUUUGAUCAUAUAUUAGUUUAGUUUUAAUACUCUACAACUGUUUUGUUUGCUUAUGAUCAAUGGUGUCAAUGUUCAUGUGACAUAACUCUGCUGGAAAAAAACAGGUUAUACCGUGUUAAAGUGAAUAAGUUAUUAUUUUUUUUUUUUUUAAGAUUUUGGUAGCUGUUUUUUUUUACUGGUCUACUGACUCUAACCAGCUUGGUCAAGAUGGUCUACCAGGUCAAAGUUCAGCUGAUGAGCCAUUUAGAGCAGCUUGAACCCUCUAUGAAAAACACCAAAUUAUUGAUUUUCCAGCAGGUAACAUGCAAUUUUGUUCAGAAAUGUGGGAUGUUAUACCAAAAAGUUUAUGGUUAAGUUUUUAGAACAGUUUUUAGUUGCUGGUUUGUUGCUGGUUUACCAACUCCAACCAACUUGGCCAGGUCAAAAGGUGACUAAGUUUGUUUUUUUGAACAUGGUAGCUGGUUUGUUAAUGGUCUACCAGCUCUAACCAGCUUGGUCAAGAUGGUCUACCAGGUCAAAGUCAAGCUGAUGAAUUAUCUAAAGUAGCUUGAACCAUUUUUUGCUUAUAUGGUGAUUAGUGGAAAUGUUCACAUUACAUAACCUGCUGGAAAAUACAUACCAUGUUAAAGUGGUUAAGUUGGGUAGCUGUUUUUACUGGUCUGCGAACUCUUAACCAGCCUGCCCAAGAUGGUCAAAGUUCAUCUGAUGAACCAUCUAGACUAGUUUGAACCCUCUAUAAAAACCAACUAUCUAGCAGGGCAUGUGCAAUUUUGUUCAUAAAUGUGGCAUGUAACACCAAAGAGUUUGUGUACUGACUUUAACCAGCGGCCAAGAUGGUCUACCAGGUCAAAGUCCAGCUGAUGAACCAAUUAGAGUAGCUUGAAUCCUUUAUAAAAACCACCAACUGAUUGAUUUUUCAGCAGAGAGCAUGCCUAAUUUUGUUCAUAAAUGUGGCAUGCAACACCAAAAAGUUUACAGUUACAUUUUUAGAACAUGGUAGCUGGUUUGUUACUGGUCUACCAACUGGAAAGUCCAGCUGAUGAACCAUCUAGUGUAGCUUGAACCAUUUUUUGCUUAUAUUGGUGGAAAUACUUACUGUACAUUACUUGCUGAAAAAGGAAACCUGCUGAAAAGGAAAAACCAGAAUAUACCAAGUUGAAGUGGUCAAGUGGUCAAAGUUCAGCUGAUAAACCACCUAGACUAGCAUGAACCAACUCUAAACUCACAUAAACCUUGAUUUUCCAGCAGAGAAUAUGUGAUUUUGUACAUAGCAGUGCCACAAAACACCAAACACCAAGAGGAUUCGUUAGGCAGAGGUCUCUCUCAAGGAUCUGUUAGCUAGCAUCAUAUCUCAUGAUUUCAUAAAUUGGUCUGAGAUUGUGGGCUAAUGGGGCGGCAGGGGUUCAUGUGUUAGCUGGAGCGUAGCAGACGAAGCGACAGCCAGCAGUUGUCUCUCAAAUGGACACUUUAGGGGAGGCGGCCCUCUCAUUAGAGAUCCAGUCAAGGCCGGUGACUGUUAUUUUCCAUCUUGAUUAAGCAGUAAUGACAGCAGAACUAAAGAGCCGAACAGGACGGAAGAAAAAUGAUCGAAGGAGAUGAUGGAAAAGAUCAAACAGACGUCAGGCAGCCACUGUAGGAGAAGAAAUGGAUUGUCGAGUUCUCAGAAAGCUUAGUGGAGUCAAUAUUGGCUUGCCUUGGGUUAUUGAUUAUGACUGUUAUCUCUCAUGACAGAGACUUUGAUCAUUUGAAUGUUCAUUAUCUGCCUUUGAAGCUUCAUUGCUAGCCAAUCUAAACCUCAACACCACUGUAAUGGCACGUACUGUUUGAUGCACGGGAGACAUGCGAUAUAUUGAAUGCAAGCAACUUUGGAACAAAUUAAACAUUUGAACCUUGGCGGCAGAAAGGCUUUAUGGUGAUGAAGUGCCAAAUAAAACAUAAUCCCUGAAUUAUUAGUGCAUGCAUUUUCCAAUGCAACACCCUGCCAGACAAGAAAUGCAGGUCUGCCUCAGUCAAAAUUGGAAGGACUUGAGCUUUUACACGGGCAGAUACUGGUGUAAAGUACAUCUGGUGUGAUUAGAAACAAUACUAGAGCCGACAAUGCACAUACAGUAUGUUAUGCUCUAUAGCUAUAGUAUAUAAAGUACAAAGAGAAAUGUGCAGUAUGUUAAAUUUAUGUACAAUAUUCAACAUUGUUUUGGUUGAUUUACUUGCCAGUGAUGUCAAUGCUGUCGAGGUGCAUUAUGGCAAAAUAUUUUCAAAAUAUCAAAACAUAUGCACAUGCAACACCAUCAAUUCCAUAACAGCAUGCAUACAUCAACCAGGCGCCUAUUUGUGCAUUUUUAUCUGGCCUUGAGGCUUUUAUUAUCUUGAGAACCAAUAAAAUGAGGUGAGAUGUGAACGACCUGUUCUUUAUACCACAACAUAUUCAUGCCAAGGAUUGCUGAUGUGCAAAUCUCAUUUUAAAAUAACCAUUUUGUAUCCUGUGAAAUUAAAAUAUAAAAUCACCCUCUGUGAUUGUUUAUAGAACUACCUUGAAGAAAUUUGAGCUGAAGGAAAAAUAAGUACAUAAUACAUAUAAAAUACCUUGCCAAGUGUGAAUUGUAGAAUAGCAUUUGUGUACAUUUUAGUGUCUUCAUUGUGUGGUUUUAAAGGUAUUUAAUUAGAAGUAAGCUUAUGAUGAGUAAUUAAGAAGUCAGGAAUCAUUACUUUCUUCUGUGCAUUA